UUAGGGCAUUUUAAACCUUUUGCCGAAAAUCAAAUCCCUUAUUACACAUCCCCAUACGCUGAGAUCAAAGUGACAGAAAAUGGACAAUUCUGCGAAUUGCAAGAACUACGGCGUCCCUAUCUACGGUGCCGGUUGGGUUCCGUCGAGCGCCCUCAGAUCUGCCGUCGAACCGCCGGCCGAUGAUGAAAAGGACGAUGGCGACAAAUCAUCAGCUCCGGCGCCGGGAAACUACGUAGUCCUUGCCGGAGGAGGUGGAGAAGGGAAUAGCGGUAUUCGCAACGCGCUCGUUGUAGCUCAGUUCAAUUUUGAUUCCAAUGUUCUCUUUGAUGAACCUGUGGCAAAGGAAGGAACUGGUGGUGAUCUGCCCUAUAGGAUGGCCAUCCAUCCUGGUGGAGAUGGUCUGAUAUGUUCAAUGCCAAAAAGCUGCAGAUGGUUUGACUGGGAUAUUCAGAGAGCUGAUAAUCUUUCACUGGGUCUAAGAUCAUCUGAGAGAGUACUUGAGCCAUUGCAAGAUGUUGGACAACAAUUAGCGCUAACUUUUAAUAAUGAAGGUUCUUUACUUGCUGUCGGCAGUGAGGAUGGCAAGUUGAGGGUUUUCAAGUGGCCGAGCAUGGAAAUUAGUCUUGAUGAGGCUAAUGCUCAUGCUUCUGUGAAGGAUCUAGACUUCAGCCCUGAUGGAAAAUUUCUUGUAUCUGUUGGAAGCGGCCCUUGCCGUAUUUGGGACGUCUCUAAAUCAACAUCUGUAGCUUCUUUGAUGAAAGAAAAUGAUGAGAUUUUUGGCUAUUGUAGAUUCUCGCCAGUUAUUGAUGAGAAUCAGGUUCUAUACAUCACCACGAUGCGAGAUCAAGGUGGAAGUAUUUCGAAGUGGAGUACUACUACGUGGAAGAGGAUAAGAUCAAAGCGUGUUGUUCGUGAUCCUGUUUGUGCCUUUAAUAUUUCACCCAAUGGAAAGCUUCUGGCAGUAGGAACAAUCGAGGGAGAUGUACUGAUAAUUUCUUCUAACAAUUUGCAAGUGCAAAAUGUGGUGAAAAAGGCUCAUCUUGGUCUUGUGACAACAUUGAAGUUCUCGGAAGAUUCGAGGGCUUUGCUUUCUGCCUCCAUGGAUUCAAGAGUGAGAGUGACAAUUAUAAAGGAAGAGAAGAAAAGUGGUCUGAGCUUGUGGAUCGUUAUACUCGUCAUUCUGAUUGCAAUAGCUGUAUUUUACGCAGCAAACAAUGGGAUUAUUCCAUUGGAGCUAAACUCUACACUUAAAUGACGAGCUUUACCCAGAAGUAUUGUUAGAAUGGUUAUGUUUAUAGGUGGAACAAUAUCUGUGGCAUUUUUGAAGGCUGGACAGUGGCUUUGGAUUCUAGCUUAAGUUAAAAGAUAUCUGGUGUUUUGGGUGUGCUUCAAGUGUUAAGACAGUUCAUUUCUCCAUUAGAUUCUCACUGUACAAAACAAGUUGUUGACUAGGUCUAUCUCUUCCAUUUCAACUUUAUUUGGUAGAUCUUUCUCAAAAUAAAUUGGAGGUUUUCCA